CUCUGUUAAAGAAACUUUUCAUUUGGAGAAUGCUAGAAUCUAAUCAAGCUCGUAGAGGGACUAGCUAAAGUAGCUGGUGGUGGAUGACAACAAGAAGAUAUUUUGAUUUCCCAAAACCAGAUUUUUUUCUUUUUUCUUUGACCCUCUUGUUCGGUGCCUUUUAGAUUGAGCUUAUAAUAUAAGGGUUGGGCAAAAUUCUAUCUCAGUCGACCUCAAGGGACCAUUGAUGAAGCAUAUAAACAUAGGCCGAUUUUUGCAUAAUGUGGUCCCAAAUUAGGAUAAAACCACCAUCUUCAACUCAAAAGCUCCUUCUUCAUUCUCUUCCUCAUCCAUUUGUCUCCAACUAGCUCCCUAUCUCUGCCUUUUUCUCUGUUUUUUUUUAUCUGUUUAGGAAUAAUUUACAAACACUUGGUACUCGUCUUUUUCUCGACCUCAAUUUGAACAGCAAAAUAAAUAUCCAUUAUUAUUACAUAUUGGUUUUUCUAUCGGCAAACUUUUUGUCCUUCAAAAGUUGAUCAACUUCAAAGUAUUGGCACAUAUACACAUAUAUUAUAUAGUAGUCAUGGUGCACCGGCUUUUACUUCACUCGGACCCCUACAUGCCGCCGACCAUGGCAAACGUUUCGAGCACCACCGACUCGAAUUCCGGCGCAAUGGAUUUCGACGGCAACAUGGUGAUAGUACUAGCGGCCUUGCUAUGCGCUUUGAUGUGCGCUCUCGGGUUGAACUCGAUCGUUCGGUGUGUUCUGAGGUGCGGCCACAGGUUUGGAAUGGAGACACGAGAGCAGGCUACAGAGAGAUUAGCCAUUAUGGGGCUCAAGAACAGUGUGUUGAGUCAGAUUCCGGAGCUGGUGUACGGAGAGGGAGUGAACAUUCCGGCGACGGACUGUCCGAUUUGCCUCGGAGAGUUUGGAGAAGGUGAAAAGGUAAGGAUUUUGCCAAAGUGCAGUCAUGGUUUCCAUGUGAAAUGCAUUGAUACUUGGUUGGCUUGGCAGUCUUCUUGCCCCUUGUGCCGGCGACCAUUGCUGGACCAUUUAGCGGCUUCGGGUUCUAGUACUCUGGAUGGGAACCGGUAACGAAGCUGAGGAAUUUCAUGGUCGUUUUGGAUUUUAUUUUUUUUUAAUAAAUAUAUGAAAAAGGCAAAUAUUGAAUAUUAAUUAGUUGAAUCCCACAUCGAUUGCCGCUUGGUACAGCCUCCUUUCAAGCUUUUCAGUACAUUAAGGAAUCUGCGAUUGGCUUUAAGCUUAGAUAGGUAAUUUUAAGAAUCUUUUUGUACUCCUUAUCAAAGUUACCUAUGUUUCAUUUGAACAGUUUGGUUAUUUGCCAA